AUUUAUGUGAAAUGGUUUUAUACAGUAAUGUUUUACUAUGUGAUUUUAGUGAUUUUAGUGAAUGUCACUUUUUGUCAUUUUCAAAUUUCCCGCCGUUCCGUCCCACAUACGUCCCGAUGCCCGAAGGGAACGGAACUCAGAUGACAGAUGCCGGCAUCCGCCGGAUUACAUUGCCGGGGACACUGCAGAAGGGACAUUGCGGGAGCGCAGGACAAGGUAAGUCAAGAAGAGAUCCCAGAGCAGCGCCACAUAGUAAGCCCAAGUGUAGCUCGAGGUUACUGCUUGUGCUACACUCUGGAAUACCGCCAGGGAGGCUA